AUGACUGGGUUUGCAUCUUUCUUGAAUAAUAAGACCCGUGUCAAAAGCAACAGCAGCAUAAAGCUAACCAGAAUUGGAUUUUGCUCAGGAGAGGGAAUAUUUUCUGAUAUUCUGGAAAGGAGUCUUUGGGAAGGAAAGUACUAUGCAAGUAAACACAUGAAGCAACAUUUUGAAAGUAUAGAACAAGUGGGAUAAAUACAAGCACUGAGGAGGCUGACUCCAUAUCCUGCUAUCUUGUGUUUACAUAAAGUUGUUUUGGAUGAAAACCCUGGCUCCCUUUCACUGCUAUGUGAAUUUAUGGCCAUGACUGUUUAUGAGCUGAUAAAAGGAAGGAGAAAGCCAUUGCCUUAAAAAAAAAAAAAAACAGGAAACAUGUAACAGAUAUGCAAAUCUUUAGAUUGUGUACAUAGAAAUGGGAUAUUUCAGAGCGAUGAGCAACAAGAAAACAUAAUAAUAAAGCAGAACACUCUGAAGUUAAGAGAUUUUGGAUCUUGUAGGAGUAUCUAUUCUCAGCAGGCACACAGUACCUCCCCACACUGGUGCUGAGCACCUGAAUGUUUGCUUACAAAUGGGCUAUACAAAAUUGGCAUGUGGAGUCCUGGCUGUGUUUUCUAUGAAAUCACAAGUUUCCAGCCUCUUUUUCUUGGAUGUAAUGAGCUGGACCACAUCUCAAAAAUCCAUGAAGAGAUAGGCACUCCUGGUAACAAAACCCCAAAAGUUCAAGCAUCUUCUCUUGUGCACAAAUUACCUUUUAAAGCUUUCUAUCUCCUGUAUGCAAUGACAAAAUGUGACCCCAAUGAGAGAACUGCUGCCCAUCAAACCUUACAGCCUUAUUUUCAAGAACUCUGUACUAGUCCUUGUCUUGUCAAUCAUGAACAUAAUGCAGUCAACCAUUCUCUCGGGAAAGUAGGAAAAAAACCAAAUCAACAACAUGGGCCUCCACUGGGAGAAUUAACAGAAUUAAAUUUUUCUGGAGUAGCCAAACUGAUUUCCUUUCCUACUCCUACAUUGCAUUCAGUUUUCUGAAAACCUAAGGAAGGUGGUGGAACCCCUGUGUUCCAGUCUGUCAGAUUUAGAUCAAAUAUUGAGUCUGAGAAACAGAAGGCACUUCAGUCUUCCCUGAAACAUUUCCAUUUGCCUGCUAUAGAAGGAAUAGAAAUGAGGAAAAGCCUGGCUAUGCAGUGAGAGAGACCCAGUCAUGCUUCUUUGUUAGAGAUCUAACAAGAACAGCAGUGCCUGAUUUUGUCUUGCUCUGACAAUUUGUAGGAAAACCCCACAAGGUUUGAGGGCUGGUUUCCUACCAUUUUGAUAUUAUGUUCCUGAAGGGGGUCAAUAUUUAAUUAAAGCAUUGUUCUGGCAGAGCACAGAGAGUGUUCUGCAUUGAACUUCCUAAGUUCCUUUUAGAACCUGGUGGAGGAGGAGGUUGGUUAAAAAUAACAUGAAAGGAUUAUUUGAGUUCAAGUAUUAGGAAUGGAAUGUUAUCUACAGAAUUUAAGUUUUCAAAUUGUAUUACAAAUGACAGCUAACUGCUGUAUUUUUUUCUUAGAUUUAAGGGUUUGGGGUUUUUUUCAGUUAGCCCUGGAAAUUAUUCCCCUCGUGUAUUCAGUAACUUCCACCUCAGGUUUUACUGAGAACGUGCAAAUUGUUCAAAUAUAUGAGAUACUUGAUUUUCAUGCAGUUUCUGUAACUGCUGAAUAUUUUUAUGUAACUAUAAUUCAAAGCUAAACCAACUUUUUAGCUGAUUGAAAAGCAAGUAAAACUUAGUCAUAGUUUGCUUCAAACCAUUGAUCUUAAUAUUAAUCAAAAGUCUUAACAGGGACUGGUACUGGAGCCAGUUGCUUAAAAGAGCAGUGAAAGCACAUAGCUGAUCAUGCAUCAGAAAUCUGGCACACGGAUCAUCAGCAACAAUUUAACAGAAUAUUCCUAUUAUUAAAUAAGCAAACUUUCAGAAUCUCAAUAGCAAGAAUGGAAAAACAUUCCAACCUUGGCAAGAAUUUGUAUAGAAUUUUGCACUUUGUUCAAUUUGCACUUGAACAAGGCUCUGCAGGGAAACCUCUACUGCUGCUACUUGCACUAGGUGUGCCAAAGGAAGAGCACAUUUCUCUUACUAGGACUGAACAAACACAUGAGCCGAGUUUUAGUGGAGGAAGUGCUUUCCACCAGUAGAGUGAAAACACUGUAACAAAGGGAAACAGGAGAACACAGUGGUACAGCUGACUGCUCCUUGUCAUUUUAUUGAAACUCCUACUGCAUGGAUGCUGCUUUCCCCCAGUUCCAAGCAAAAAGUGUUCUCCUGAACACAGUAUCUCCAAGAGCAGUGAAGGUAUGUAAAACCACAGUGACUGGCUGAAGUUUCCUGCUCUGUUACAUUUCAGUGAAUCAUCUCCCCACAUCUGUAUGCUUUCAUGUUAGCAGCUCAUACUGAUAGAACGGAGAACUUCAACAAAAGGCAAUAGAGUAUUUGUCUCAAUACUUACCAUAGGGAUUUUUUAUAGACAGACAGAUGUGUGAAAGGUAUGAUGCUACACUUGGAAAAUGAAAUUAAGGACUGCAGGUCUAUAGGCAGGCAACACAGUGCAACAGCAACCUCCAAGUUCUUACCUUUGGAACACUGAGCAAAAGGUGCCAUGAGCUUAUCCAGGGUUUUUUCCAGAGAGGAAGAUGGUGAGUUGCUUAGUGCUGAUAUAUUUGGAGUGAGCAUAAUGAGUAGCAUUAAAAGUGAUGGUCUAAAAAUAGGUAACUAACUGGAUCCAAGGGAGCUUACUCUCCACUGUUGUUAAUUUCUUACAAAAAAAAAAAGGACAAAUCCUACUACCCAAAUUUGGUGGAUUGUUCUGACUCAGAUCUCCCUUACCUAGCACUAUACAGGAGGUCAAAACUCAGAUUAUCAAAACUAUAUUCUUGAUGGAGAUAUAUUUAUUGUAUUUGAUGCUUCCCAUAAUCAGUUUCUGGAAGCCUCAAAUCACAGAUGCUGAAGUUUAAGUAUUUUGACUAAAAAAUAUAAAAUUCCAUCAAACUGCGUUCUUAAUGAUUUCAAAAGUGUUAUUGCCACUGUUUGCUUCCCUCAUUAAUACGUACACCAGGUAGGUGAUUAUUCAUACACUAGGAAAAAGAUGAAGUCAGAAUUUUUGUAAGUUUUAACCUGGAAAAAAAGGGCUACCAGAAUAACAUCUGGUGUAUUAUCACAUUCUGUGUAUCUGAGGCUGUCCAACUGUUAUAAUGGGAAUGGCAAUUUCAUGUUCAACAGAUCAUUUUCGCUAUAAAAUUGCAAAUCUGAAGUGAAGAACCACAUUGGAAUUUUUCUUCAUGUUGUUAUACUUUCAGGUGGAUCUUACUCAGUUUGGCACAUACAGUACUUCAAGGAUAUUGAUUUCAUAACAAGUUCCUCGCUGUUAAACAUCUGGAGACAAUUUACACUUCUCUGGCUGUUGGAUGAAUAGGCAAACUUGAGUUUUCCCACGUGCUUUAUAGUUAAAAUACACCCAAACUUUAAACUACAAACUGGCAAGUAUAGUUCCUACCCUCAUUCUUCCAGCUAAAAUUCCAUACUGAGAUUAUCUGUGUUCUGCUCACUUUUAAUUAUUUUUUAAUGUAGUAGGAAAAAUAUUUUUAUUAAAAACUGUAUCUACAGUAGAGGUCUUAAGUUCCCUCCAGGUAAGUUAUUAGUAUCCUGUUUCUUACUAAAAUAAUUUUUUUCCAUAUGGAAUAGAGUGUGAUAUGGGCAAUUCAAGCUUCUAGAUGACUGCCCUAAUAGUAAAGAAGAGGCUGAAAAAAGAAAACCCACACACAUUCCUUGUGUGCUGCUGGACAUACCCUGCCAACACGGAUGGAGCUCACCAGCAACUUUCACUCACAUAAAAUGGAGUUG